AUGGCUCAAGACGGUUCCCAAGACCACCAGGACACUGCCUCCUCCGACGAGCGCAGCUUCGUGCCCCCGACGACCAUGACCUUGCUGGAUCCCACUGAGAACGACAACGGUGGAUCCAGGAUUGGCAGCCCAGUGGGCAUGGAUGCCAGCAAGGGGAAGGACGUCGUCCCAAAUGCCAUUCAAGGUGGAGAAGACAGCGGCGGCAAGGCCAACACCAGCAGAUCCGAAGGUAAGAACUCGGCAGCAGCCAUAGCUGCCGCCGACGCCGCGGGAGACGGCCUCACCACCAAGGGUAAGAACUCCUUGGCUGCUGACGACGACGGCGAGCUCAAGGUGCAGAUCAUCAUGGAGCGAGAGCGCCGAAGGCGCAUGAAGGAAUUGUUCAGCACCCUGCGUGAUCUCAUGCCCCACGUCCCCAAGAAGGUCGACAAGGCGACCCUAGUCGAAGAGACGAUUGACUUCAUCAGGUCCCUAGAGAAGACCAAGACCCAGCUGGAGAAGCAGAGGCAGCAACAAGUGCUCGCACGGCAAGCCGCUGCUGAAGCUGGGGCAUCCUCCUUGUCGGUUUCACGCACCGCGCACGGGAUGGCGGCCUUGUCAGAUGGCUGGGGCCCUGCGCCUCAGCAGGCGCCUGCUGCUGCAUCUGCGGCAGCGAGGCCGGUCGAGUUCCAGACGUGGUCGACACCGAACGUCGUGCUGAGUGUGCUGACGAACGGCGAGGCUGUCAUCAACGUCUGCGCGCCGCGGCAACCCCGCAUGCUGACAAUGGUUGUGUCCGUGCUGAAGAAGCACGGCAUCGACGUGGUCUCGGUGCAGGUUGCGGCCGACCGCGCCAGGAGCAUCUUCACCAUCUAUACCCGUGUGAAUGGAGCUGGCGGGGAGAACCCAUCGGCCGAGGACAUGUACAAGCUGGUGGUGUCGGAGAUCAUGGUGUGGCUCUCCAGCUAG